GUUGUUUCGGAGUUCAAAGCGACGCGAAUGAGAGGAAGCCUCGAGAUGGAGGCAGGGGGGGCAAUUUAAUGCAAAAAAUAUAAAAUUUACGCGUACUUUGAAGACAGUUGACAUUUCAUUUUCAGAAAGAGAGACUACAACAGUCUCCACAAGGAAGAGUCGUGUGUUAAAUUUAGAUAUAUAGACUCAGUCAGCACUGGAUAUUUUGGGUGUCAAACAUGGCGACUGACAUUGGCUCCCCUCCCCGGUUCUUCCACAUGCCCCGGUUCCAGCACCAGGCUCCCCGGCAGCUGUUCUACAAGAGGCCAGACUUUGCUCAGCAGCAGGCCAUGCAGCAGCUCACUUUUGAUGGCAAGCGCAUGAGGAAAGCUGUCAACCGCAAGACCAUUGACUAUAAUCCAUCCGUCAUCAGAUAUCUUGAGAAUCGAUUGUGGCAGCGAGAUCAUCGAGAUUUCCGUGCCAUUCAACCAGAUGCAGGCUGCUACAAUGAUCUUGUUCCUCCAGUUGGUAUGCUUAACAACUCUAUGAAUGCUGUUACAACAAAGUUUGUCAGAACCUCAACCAAUAAAGUCAAAUGCCCUGUUUUUGUUGUGCGGUGGACUCCUGAAGGCAGGCGACUUGUAACGGGUGCCUCCAGUGGGGAGUUUACUCUGUGGAAUGGGCUCACGUUUAACUUUGAGACAAUUCUGCAGGCUCAUGACAGCCCUGUCAGGGCAAUGACCUGGUCUCACAAUGACAUGUGGAUGUUGACUGCCGACCAUGGAGGUUACGUGAAGUACUGGCAGUCCAACAUGAAUAACGUCAAGAUGUUCCAGGCUCACAAGGAGGCGAUUAGAGAGGCCAGUUUCUCUCCUACGGAUAAUAAAUUUGCCACUUGCUCUGAUGAUGGAACUGUACGCAUCUGGGACUUUCUCCGCUGUCAUGAGGAAAGAAUUCUGAGAGGACAUGGAGCCGACGUGAAGUGUGUUGAUUGGCAUCCCACAAAGGGUUUGGUGGUGUCCGGCAGCAAAGACAGCCAGCAACCUAUCAAAUUUUGGGACCCAAAGACUGGACAAAGUUUGGCAACACUACAUGCGCAUAAAAACACUGUCAUGGAGGUGAAGUGGAACCUCAAUGGCAACUGGCUGUUGACGGCAUCACGUGACCAUUUAUGCAAACUGUUUGACAUCCGCAACCUCAAAGAGGAGCUACAGAUUUUUAGAGGACACAAGAAAGAAGCCACAGCUGUUGCCUGGCACCCGGUUCAUGAAGGCAUGUUUGCCAGUGGCGGCUCUGAUGGAUCGCUGCUGUUUUGGAAUGCAGGUGUGGAGAAAGAAGUGGGAGGAAUGGAGAUGGCUCAUGAAGGAAUGAUCUGGAGUUUAGCCUGGCAUCCACUGGGCCACAUCUUGUGCUCUGGGUCUAACGACCACACCAGCAAAUUUUGGACAAGGAAUCGGCCAGGGGACAAGAUGCGGGACAGAUACAAUCUGAACUUGUUGCCUGGAAUGUCAGAAGAUGGGAUGGAAUAUGAUGACAUGGAGACCAAUAAUGUUGCCGCCAUUCCGGGCAUGGGGAUCCCAGAAACGCUGAAGGCUGCCAUGGAACAAGAACAAAGUGGAAAAGAUAUGGCAGCGGAGCCUGAGAUGAGCAUCCCUGGGCUGGAUUGGGGAAUGGAAGAGGUCAUGCUGAAGGACCAAAAAAAGCCCCCGACUAAAAAAGUCCCUUAUGCAAAACCUAUUCCAGCUCAGUUUCAACAGGCCUGGGCAGAGAAUAAGGUUCCAGCAAUGGCUCCUGGAGAGGUUCCAAAAGAAAGGAAGGAUGAGAAGAAAGUAGAUGGCAAGAAGAAGACGCAAGCUGAGAUUGAGCAGGAAAUGGCUGCCCUGCAGUAUACAAACCCAAUGUUGCUCGAGCAACUGAAGAUGGAUCGAAUGGCACAAUUACAAGAGCAGGGAAUGCCUCCCCCUGCAGGACAGUCAGGGCCAGUGCCUCCCUUUCCAGGGCAGGGUGGCCCGAUGCCCCCUCCAGCACAAGGCUUCCCUCAAUCUAUGCCUCCACAACAAAUGCCGCACAACAUGCCUCCAGUGGGACCAGGUGGAAUACCUGGUCCAUUCAUAUCUUCAGGCCAAAUGGGUCCACCAGGACCUAUGCACCAGGGUCCUCCUCCACAGGGCAUGAUGGGACCUCCAGACAUGCAUGGACAUCCACGUCAUCCUGGCCCUCACAGGAAUAUGGGACCCCAGGGUCCUCCUGGCAUGUCUGGCCCUAGAGGUAUGCAAGGACCCCCCCAUGGAGGAAUGCCCCCGGGUUCUGGUGGACCUCCAGGCGGUAUGAUGGGACCACCACCGCGAGCAGGGCCUCCACAGGGAGGGAUGAUGCAUCAGGACAUGAGGGGGCCCGUGCCUCAUGGAAACAUGAUGGGCCAUCAGGGACCCAUGCAAGGGGGUAUGAUGGGGCCUCCACCCAGGACUCAUGGCAAUAUGCAGGGCAUGGGAAAUAUGCAUGGAAUGGGGCCUCCUCCAGGUGGUAUGCAUGGACCACCAAACAACAUGCAGGGGCCACCAGGAAACAUGCAAGGACCUCCAGGCAAUAUGCAGGGCCCUCCACCAUACAUGCAAGGCAAACCAUCACACAUGGGUGAUGGAAACCGAGGACAGUUCAACCAGGGACAGAAUCCUGGGCCUCAGUCAAUGAUGCAUGGAAUGGGACAACAGGGUCCUAAUGGGAAAGGAGAUGCUCCUCGAGGACCUAACCAUCACAUGGGACCCCCAUCGGAGCGACAAGGCCCAGGAGGGGGUGGUCAGGGCUCCGAUGGAGGCCAGUACUGGGGUGAUGAUGGGGGUUAUCAAGAGGGCUGGAGAAGAGGCCCUGGGGGUUCAGGACAGGAUUACUCUGGAGGUCACAGAGGAAGCUCUGGAAACCAAUGGGAGGGCCAGGAAAGGUUUCCUUCACAUGAUGGAGAGUACAUGGGACAUGACAGGUAUGAUGGGUAUGAGGGUUCUGGCGAGGAGUUUGACCAGAGGCAGAGACGGCCACCGCGUGGAGAUGAUUCAUACAGGAGAGGCGGCCCAAGUGGGCGUGGUGGAAUGGGCGGCUUCCAAGAGGAGUAUGGUGAAGAUGAGGGCUUUGAUUCCCAAGAAGACAUGGGCCAAGGAUGGGGAGGAAGAGGAAGACCACGUGGUGGACCACCAAGAGGAGGUCAUGAGAGUUAUCGGGAUGGUCAGCGGCCAGACCACAAUAUACAUGACAGUCCAUCUCCAGCCAGUAGAGAGCGUUCCUCCUCUUUACAGGGCAUGGAUAUGGCCUCGCUGCCCCCACGCAAACGCCCUUGGCAUGACGGACCAGGCACUGGUGACAUGGACUCCCCUGGUGCAGUGCCUGAUGACAGAGCAGGUCGGCCAUCACCAAGAGAGGAAGGUGGAUAUGGGCCUCCAUCACGGGGAGGAAGAGGUGGAUGGGGCCGUGGUGGGCCGCCUAACCCAGGCGGUCCUGGUCCCAAUCUGGGUCCGAAUGUCAGACGAGGGGCUCCACGUGGUGUUAUGAGGGGAGGUCGCGGGCGGUAGUAGUGGUCACGCCUGCUUCUCAGGGAACACGGAGGCAAAACCACAAUGAGGACGGGGGACAACAAAGAACCACACAUCGCUACAAAAUCAGCUUCCUUGAGGGUCUGGACAGUUUUGCAGGCUUGGACAGGUGUCUGGAAGCACUUCAGUAUAAAUCAGCGUGGAACCCUUAAUUGGUGGCUUAGCUUUUUCUAUGAUGUAUCAGGCGGAAGGUGGUGGGUACCGGUUAUCCAAGUCCAAAUGUUUUGGCUUAUGAUGCCUCUUGCCACCUGAUUGGUGUACUUGUGACACGUGGGAUUUGUUCUAACCUUACGUCAAUUGUGAGAAUAAUAACUGGGGACACAUCAUGGUGUGACGAGAACCAUCUCUUGCAAUGGACUUGUGUUUGUGGUCCAGGAAACUGUAUUUGUGAUGCAUGGUACAACACUCUGUAGAUGCUUAAGAGAAAUCCCUUCCCUGCACUGAGCAGCUGACCUGCUUGGUGAUUCACUUGGACAAUGGCAACUGAAUUUGUACCAGCACCCGAGCCCCCUGUGUCUUUUCUUCUUCUUUUUGACCUCAAUGAUUCUGAUGUAUCAAACACAAAACAUAUUGUGAACCAUCGACUUCCUCAGUCAGAUUCUGUCAGCCAGCAAAUGCAACUCAAUCUAGGUAAAGGCCUCUAGUCAUCGUCUUGAGGACUGUCUAUUACUAGAGAAAAAUGGUCUUUUGAAUGUUUCGUUCCCCCAGUGGCUCAACGAUGUUUAUUUAAUUUCAUUUUUAUGUAAAAUAAUGGAGAUAAUAUUUCUGUAACAUUACCAGGCUACUCUGAGAGACGAAGCUGCAGACUUUGUUCCUAUAUGUACAGUUUGUCACAAAAUUGUCAUAUUGUUUUGUCCUUUUUUUGUAUGAAACCAUAAUAGAAUGUGCAAAGUUUAUGUAAACUCUC